AUGGCCGGACCAAGCACGCCUGUUACUCCGCGCACGCAACAAGUUUGUCUUGAACCUCCAGGCCGCACCGGCCGCUCCGCAGACUCCGGGUAUGGCUCGCUCGAGACGUCACCGAUACGGUCAAUUCCGAGAUACCGUCUCGGCCGGACGGCUUUGUCUAUUAGUACAAAAACAUACGAUGGGACCAGCUCAGAAGAGUCAGACUCUGAGACAUCAGGACAAAAUACGCCAGAAAAAGAAAUCUUCUCCUCGCCAAGCAUCGAACGUGGGAAGUUCGCUACUCUUCCCAGUGUAUCAAGAAGACGGAUUUCACGAACCGAUUCCUAUCCAGUCAUGACUCGGCCCAAAUCCACCCACCAUCGCCAUGGAUCUGACAACACUGCUAUCAAUGGUUCUAGAGCAGGAUCACUGAAAGCUCUAGAUCGAUUUGUACCGACGAGAGAUGAGAGGACACCUCGGUCAGAGAGGCUGCAGACUACCCGUGCUUUGCAAGAUCUCUCGCCAUCUGAACGACUGGUGCGUCACAACCAAGAUGCUCCUGACCCUUUUUGCUUCAGACGGCGGGCUCUGCCACCUUCCCCAACGGAGGCUCGAAAGUCAAGACGGCCAAGCCAGAGUGGAACAGUGCUUGAUUCAGCCUCGGUCGAUGAGACAGACAGAAGAGUGUUCAGUAGCAGUAUCUGGUCCAUCGGGGCCGUUGUUCCCAGUCAUGGAGCCAUCGAAGACGGUCGGGGUGGUCUUUUUACGAGUGGCACCAAUGCUCCCAUGUUCAAUACUCAGUUUCCCCCGUCACGGCCCAAAGAUGAAGAAGAUGCCGAGAAACAUGAGGCCCGCCUCGCAAUACUUGGUCUCGAUCGCUUCUCAACCAUGGCGGAGAAGCAGCCGAAGAUGCUCAACCGGCAGUCAGGGCGCAAGACAUAUUGGAACGGUACGCAACUAGUCAGAGAAGACCAUCCUACGAAGAAGUCGACCAAACAAGCACCAGAGCUGCGGACGCUACCAGUUGCUCCGUUCAAGGUCCUCGAUGCACCUAGUCUGCGAGAUGAUUUCUAUUGUUCCAUAUUAGCCUUCGAUCCUGUCUGCCAGACCUUGGCUGUGGGUCUUGGUGCGAGACUUUAUAGUUGGUCGGAGCUCACGGGUGUCCAGACGCUUGAGGACAACGGGCUCAGUGAUAUCUCAUGGCUGACCACGCUUGAUUUUUCAUCGGCUCAGGGCAAGAAGUGCAUCCUCGCGUACGGUCGAUCGAACGGAAUCUUGAACCUCAUGUCGCUUUGGGAUGCCCCAACACUAUAUGACCGGCAAUAUCCUCGGUUCAGAUUUGCUCCACACGUCGAAGAAGCCCCGGUUGCCUGUGUCAGCUGGAAGCCCACCGUCUCUCUGCGCCCAUCAGUCAACCCUUACAAUCCCGGCCACCUUGUCGAGAAUGAGGAUCUCCUCGUCGGCGACGAGCACGGCAAUGUUUUUUACUACGCUGUCGAGUGGCCCCGGUCAUGGGAGACGUAUCGCCACAACUGGCGAGGCAGUGUUCAGUGCCUCGCGUACAUCACAGCUCAUACACAGCAGAUCUGUGGGCUUUCGUGGUCGCCGAGCGGCAGCAUGUUCGCCACGGGAGGCAACGACAAUAUAUGUUUCCUCUUUGAGGCUCAGAAUCGGCAGGCCAAGCAUCGGUGGGAGCAUACGGCUGCUGUGAAAGCCAUCGCCUUUUGCCCUUGGCGGGAUGGGCUCGUUGCCACUGGGGGUGGGUCUCACGACAAGUGCAUCCACUUCUACCACACCACGUCCGGGGUGGCACUGGCUACCAUCGCGGUGCACGCGCAGGUGACGAGCCUCAUAUGGAGCACAACACGGCGAGAGAUCGCUGCAACAUUCGGGUAUGCCCAGCCAGACCAUCCUUAUCGGAUCGCCGUAUUCUCUUGGCCUGAGUGCCGGCAGGUGGCGGCUAUCCCACGCGAGAGGGAGAAGAGGCGAAACCGCACCGCCAUGGAGGGGUGCGUAGUCGUCGCUGCCAGUGACGAGAGCAUCAAGUUUCACGAGGUGUGGUCAGGCGGAAAGAAGGCAACGGUUGGUGGUGCAGGGCUUCUCGGUGGGAGUGACAUACUAGAAGACCUGGAAGGGAUCGAGAAGGAGGGGGAUGUCAUUCGUUAA